AUGCCCUGCCCAGCGCUCUCCCAGCUCUGGAACCGCGCCAUCUGGCUGCUCACGCACGACGGGUACACGGCGAUCCACUACGCUUCCUUAUUGGAAGAAUCGGGUGUGUCCGUGUAUGAGGGGCUGUUCAAGGCUGCGGUGGAGAGGUUAUCGGUGGGGAAGGAGCGGUAUGGGUUUUGUUUGGUUGGGGGUGUUGGGAGGAGGGAAUGGGGGUGUGUGGAUGUGGGUGCAUCUGAGCAUUCAUCAAACUCUUUCCGCGUCAGCCUAAGUUUCUACAUCCUAAACCUCCUCCUCUCUGCCACCUUCCAAAUCCUCUUCUCCGACCUCCACACGGACAAAAAAGUCGUACUCAAAGAACGCAACACAAGAGAGCUCGAUCCGAACAUGUUCGAGCGGCAGACGAACGCCUUAGUCGUCGAAGAACGGCUCUGGGGCGGGAAGCUCUGUCUCGGGUUCCGGGAGGUCACGCCGCAUGGGAAGAUCAGUAUGUGUUAUGGGAGUAUGGAGAAGGAGUGGGAGAAUUUGGGGCGCGUUGCGGUGAGGGAUACUGGAGCCACAUCGGCCUCUGGUGUCGGUGUCGACGUAGGCGGUGGGCGUGCGACGCCCGUGUCUAAACCUAGCGGUUGGCGUCAUAUAGAUCAUCACCUCAUGGAAGCAUGGUUAGAAUCCAAAGGGCCACUCCCACGAUUAUAUGCGCGCGACGAAAGCGUUCGGGUCCAUCGUGUGGAGAGUUGGCACGGGGAUUGUUAUGAGUUUGAGGUGCAUGCUGUUGCCACUUUGAAAGGCGGGUUUGUUUACAGGGAAGGGAGCUCACCUCCGACUCGCCCCAUUUCUUAUUCUGUAGGCGCCUCGGUGUGGUGA